AUGAACCCAACGGAAGCAACAUCAACAUGGACAUCGCAACCCCUCCCCCCAACAAGACCCAACACCACCUCACUCGAAACCCACACCUUUCUCCCCUCCGACCCCUCCGACCCACGAAACUUUUCCUCCGUUAGAAAAUGGACCAUUGUAACCAGCAUCACACUAAUCGACCUAACCGUCUCCUGGUGCGCAUCCGGCUACUCACCUGCGCAAGAAAAACUAACCUCGACAUUCCACGUCGGGUCCGAAAUCGGUGUAUUGGGUCUCUCGCUCUAUGUCCUCGGGCUUGCACUUGGUCCUAUGACUUUGGCACCUCUAUCUGAAUAUUAUGGACGCACGUAUUUGUAUGUGAUUCCUUAUGGAAUAUUCCUAUUGUUUCUCCUUGGGACUGCACUUGUGCAGAAUAUUGAGGGGUUUCUUGUGUUGAGAUUUCUGUCUGGUCUCUUUGCUAGCGUCACUAUUGCCAAUUUUGGCGGUACGAUAGCAGAUCUGUGGCCGAGAGAUCAGAUUGGGCCGGCGAUGAGUAUAUUCCUUUGGGCCGCGGUGUGUGGGAGUCCUUCGGGAUAUUUUCUCAUGUCGUUUGUUGCGCAAACACGUGGAUGGCGGGAAGUUUUCUGGGCUCUCCUAGGAAUCUGUGGGGGGUUCUGGAUCAUUCUCGUUGUGGUGCUGGUAGGUUUUCAGAACGAGACCAGACAUUCCGUAAUUCUACGACGACGUGCAGCGCGGGCGAAUAAAGCUGCAGGAAGGAUCAUCGCCACGGUACCCACGGAAAUGCAGAGUAAAUCGCUAGGUCAACUUUUCCAAAGCACUCUCUCUCGACCCUUCCGCUUUCUGGUAACCGAGCCCGUUAUCAUUUUCGCAGCGCUGUAUAAUGCUUUUCUUUAUGGCCUCUCCUUUCUCUUCAACAGUGCAUUUAAUCUCGUCUUUGGCAAGAUGGGCUAUGGCUUCGAUACCAUCGGCGUAGGACUUUGUUUCCUCGGCCUCAUCAUCGGCAUUACCCUCGGACCCAUCAUCAACAUAUGGCAAGAACAGCACUACCAAACGCGCAUUCGCGCCACCGCAUCUCUAUCCUCCUCCUCCUCCUCCCCAGCACUCCCCACCCCCACCAACCCCCCGCUUCAAAAACAUCCCCGAAGCACGCCUCCAACUCAGCAAAGCCGCCGCGCUACUCCUCCCCCUCAGUCUCUUCACAUUCGCCUGGACCUCACCUCCCCAAUACCACAUACAUUUUCUCGUGCCCAUCCUAUCCACCACUCUCUUUGGAUAUGCCUUCUACACGCUCAUCCUAAUGACAUAUCUAUAUGUCGAGGAUAG